AUGCCCGGCGAAGAUCGCUUCGCGGAUGCCGUCAAACCGGCUCUUGAAGCGCUUUUGUCAGACCUUCAACACACCACCGAAGUCCUACGAAGAGCGAAUAUUAGCGACAGACGAUCCGAGUCUCGCGACGAUUUGGAGCCCGUUUAUCAAGAGCAAACCCGGCAUUAUGACACCACGAGCUCGCGCAAAAGUCUCGGACCAUCGAACCACGCCUACUCGAGUCAUGAUGUCCGUUCGAACGGCGGUAGAUCACCAUCGCGAGAUCCGUAUCAAUCGAUGACUGGAACAAUGACUAGUGAUGUGAGCUCGACACACGGAAUCAACACAAUUCCGAAAGGCGAUUGCGCUCAUUGCGGGAAACCGAUUAUUGGACAAGUUGUAAUCGCGCUAGGAAAAAUGUGGCAUCCGGAGCAUUACACUUGCUGCGAAUGCGGAACUGAGCUCGGACAUCGGCCAUUCUUCGAGAGAAACGGAAAAGCUUAUUGCGAGGAAGACUAUCAUAAUCAAUUCAGUCCAAAAUGUCAUGGAUGCCACGGACCAAUUAAGGAUAGAUGUGUAACUGCGUUGAACAAGAACUUCCAUUUCGAGUGUUUUGUUUGCUGCGAAUGCGGACGCGAAUUCGGAGAGGAGGGAUUCCAUGAGAAGAAUGGUCAAACAUAUUGCAAACGCGAUUUUUUCAAAUUGUUUGCGCCGAAAUGCAACGGAUGCUCACAGCCGAUCACCGCUAACUUCAUCACUGCUCUAGGAACCCAUUGGCAUCCGGAUUGCUUCGUUUGUCAGUCGUGCGGCGUCUCAUUCGACGGAAGCUCAUUCUUCGAGCACAACGGUGUUCCGCUUUGUGAGCGUCAUUAUCAUGAAGCUCGUGGCUCUGUGUGCUCGCAAUGUCGGCAGCCGAUCAACGGACGAUGUGUGGCGGCGAUGGGCCGCAAAUUCCAUCCCGAGCACUUCCGAUGCUCAUAUUGCAAUCAUCAACUCACCAAGGGAACAUUCAAGGAGGGAAAUGAUCACUUCGCCGCUCAAUGCCCGAUGGAUGUCACAUAUUUCGAAGAGGAAGAGGUGUUCUGA